UUGACCUUGGAGGCCAUCAGACACUCUCCACUCCACACCACCCCUCGCAACCAUGGCCUGCACACGCGCUCUUACACGUCUGGCGCUGAGACCAGCUGCCGUCCGGCUGGCAGUUUUCUCUCGCAGCUUCGCCUCCGUUACCGACGUGCACGCCCGCGACCCCAUCUCCAAGACUGCCGAGAAGAUUGUUCCCGAUGCUGCGCGAAAGCCCAUUCCCGAAAGCCAGACGUCGAACGUCAAGGAGCCCGCACCCAGCAAAGAUGCCAAGAUGAAGACGUUCCACGUCUACCGAUGGAAUCCCGAUGAGCCCACGUCCAAGCCCAAGAUGCAGUCGUACACGCUCGACCUGAACAAGACGGGACCCAUGAUGCUGGAUGCGCUUAUCAGAAUCAAGAACGAGAUGGACCCCACUCUGACGUUCAGGCGAAGUUGUCGCGAGGGCAUUUGUGGAAGCUGCGCCAUGAACAUUGACGGAGUCAACACAUUGGCAUGCCUUUGCCGCAUUCCCACGGACACAGCCAAGGAAUCUCGCAUCUACCCGCUCCCCCACAUGUACGUUGUCAAGGACCUUGUCCCUGACAUGACACUUUUCUACAAGCAAUACCGUUCGGUCAAGCCAUACCUGCAGCGCUCCACUGCCGCACCAGAUGGUCGUGAGUUCCGUCAGUCCAAGGAAGACCGCAAGAAGCUCGAUGGUCUCUACGAAUGCAUUCUCUGCGCCUGCUGCUCCACUUCGUGCCCAUCAUACUGGUGGAACCAGGAGGAGUACCUUGGUCCUGCUGUCCUCCUCCAGUCGUACCGAUGGAUCGCCGACUCGCGAGACGAGAAGAAGCCCGAGCGCCUGGACGCCCUUAACAACAGCAUGAGCGUGUACCGAUGCCACACGAUUCUCAACUGCUCAAGGACAUGCCCCAAGGGACUGAACCCUGCGCUGGCCAUUGCCGAGAUCAAGAAGAGCAUGGCUUUUACAUAAACACAAAACACCCAGCAUGCGGGGUAGAGUUGCUGGUGACACUCGCUGUAUGUAGGUGUGGUUGAUGAUUUUGAACCAGGCUUGUAUUUUGAGACUUGUACGCACACAAAUUCAAGACAUUU